UGAUGCCAUCACUCUUUUAUAUAUAUAGAUUGUUCUCCAAGCCCUGUUGUAUGCCUGUGAAAGGUGGAGUGUCUGCAGAUGUCACACUCAACUCCUGGAACGAUUCCAUCAGCGUUCCCCCCUAUGAUUCUUGCAAAUUUCUUAGGAAGACAGGCGGACAAAUGUCAGUGUGCUGGAAGAAGCAAAGACCACCAGCACUGAAGUGAUGAUCCUCCGCCAUCAACUCAGCUGGACUGGCCACGCUGUCUGAAUGCCCGAUCACUGUCUCCCAAAGCAGUUACUAUACUCCCAACUCAAGAACGGGAAAUGGAAUGUUGGUGGACAGGGAAAGAGAUUUAAAGAUGAACCUUAAAAACUGUGACAUAUACACCAAGAGAGAAUUUGAGCGCUCUAGCUGGAGGUCAGCUGUUUCCACCAGUGCUGUGGAAUUUGAAGAUUCACAAAUGGAGAGCAAAAGGGAGAAAUAGGCCAAGAGGAAGGCACGUCAAGCCAAUCCUGAUUGGGACCACCUUCCACCUGGAAAUGGAUGCCCUCACUGUGGAAGAACAUGCAGGUCAAGAAUGCCUGCCAUAGAUGUGGGUGAAACGUCAGGAGAGAAUGCUUCUGGAACAUGGCCACACAGCCCAGAAAACUCACAGCAACCCACAAUAUUUUAAAGCAGAAGUAAAACCCACACAGUUCAGGGGUUAGGAUUGCAGUAAUUUUGAAAGAAGUACUGGUAUUAGUUCCUUUCAGCAUAAAUAGGAGCUCGUGUUUAAUUUUAAAAAAUAUGCCUAAAUGAUGUGGUGGUAUUCCUUUACGUUCUUCCUUUUUAUGCUUAGAAUCACAGUCUUUCUUGGAAGUAAAUUCCACUCAGUUUGAAGCAAAAAUUUUGUGACACCUGGAAGACUAGGAAAUUAUGGCAUAAGGAAAUCUUAUGAAAUGCAUGAUUUUCUUCAAUCAGCAGGUGCCUUGAAGGUGUGUGAUCACACAUAAAAUAGAGUCUGCUGCCCUCCAAAUCUCUUAAACUACAUUUUCUAAGCUUUCUGGGAUAUAAUCCAAUGACUUCAGAUGUAUAGAGUGUCAUCCUGUGUGCAAAGGACAAAAUACAAAGAUCCUUCUACUGCCACGUGACAGCUGACCAGAAGGAACUGGACCAAUAUAGACAAACUGUAUCAGUCAUAAUACAGUAUAUGAAUCCGUACAGCAGACUUCUUGCAGCAUAGGUCUCAGGCUUUGUCACAUUGCAAGGAUGAUUGGAUCUGUGGGCUGUCAAUCCAUUGCAAACUAAUGCCCUUUCUCUUCCUCUGCCCAUUUUGCCGGCUAAGCCUUAGCCUUUAUCAAUAAGGUUGUCCCAAGCAGGAAACCAGUAACAUUUGCACAAGGAGUGUGCUGAAGCCAUGCAGCCUUUGGACCCAGAGAGAGGCUUGAUCAAAAUCAGCCAUUGCAACAGAGACAUCUUUGCCUCGUUUGUGCCCCAGUUCUGCCCUUUAUGUGGCCAGAGUCUGGCUUACAGGAGACUGGAAGAAGCACCUGUCAGCAUCCCCAGCCCUUUUGUCAAUGGACACAGAGAAAGGUGCUCGUUUUUACUCAAACCUACUGCAGGAACAUUUCUCAGAGGGUAUGAUGGAAAUUCUGAUCUUCACGUUGGAGUAACUAACACUAACGGUUUGGUAUACAAUUACAAUGAAACUGGAGUUCACAAAGCAGAAUAUGGAUGGGAAGAAUGUGUGAGCGUUCCCCUCGUCCAGCCUGACAUGUACGACCUGCUUUCGCAGUGGGACUUAUACCUCAAACAAUUCUCGGCAGCAGACAUCUGGCUUCCUCACAGGUAUGAAGAACAUCACCACAACUGUUACACAUAUGCACUGACAUUUAUUAACUGUGUGCUGAAUGCCCAGAAGAAGCAGCAAAUGAAUAAAAGUGAGUUUACAGAAAGGUUUGUGAUUCCACGGACAAGAAAAGCUUCCAAGUAUAUCACCAUCUACAAAGAAAUAUGUAAGAGCGGCUUCUAUGCUGUGGAUCACCCUGAACAAGACAGCCAGACUUCCCCAGGGAGCCAUGUAACUUUAUAAGAAAGCACUUAGGCAGAGCAAAUUGAAGCAAAACUAUCCGGUGAAGAUAUGCAUGUUUUUCUCUCACAAGGAAAAUGAGAAGCUGGGACAACAACAUGAUUUAAUGCAUGUUUACUCGGGGAAAUCGCAUGGAGACCAGUGAAAAUUACUCUCUAAUGUCCAGAAGACUUCAGAGCCUUGACAUAUAGGCUUCAAUUCAAUAGUCCUUAGUGGGCAUUAUGCAACCCCCAUGCAGAAUCAUAAUAUAAAGCAGCCGAUAUAGGGAAAUGCCACUGUUGCACAAUGAUACAAGUGCAAAGUGAGUUGUGUAGUAUGUGUUGCACUGUGUAUACCUGUGCAUGCAGCACAUUGGGCUGGCUGUAGUUGUUACACAAUGUUGUGGAUUGUUCAAGAGCACUUUUACCACAGCCUCCAGAAUGUACGUACCUUUUGCACCAUAUUGUGAAUCACGGCUUUUUCGCUUCUGCCAUUACCCACUGAAGUUGUCUGUUUCACAACGCUGAAUUCUUCAUACCACAUGCACAGAGGCUACUCCACCUUCAUACAUCGCUUCCUGAAUUCAGGCUAUAAUGUGAUAACUAUUCGGCAGUGGAAUAUGCUACUUCGGAUUGUGGUAGUCUCCUUCUCUGGAGGUUUUUAAACAGGCUGGAUGGCCAUCUUUCAGGAGUGCUUGAUUGUGUGUUCCUGCAAAGCAGAGGGUUGAACUGGAUAGCCCUUGUCUCUCCCAUCUCUUUGCUUCUAACUUUGAAGAAGUUUAUCUCUUCUUUUCUGAACAGUGACAUUUGGUGUCAUAAAAUUUAUUCCUAUUUCUGUAUAAAAUAAAGUCAUUGGUUCAAUUCUAA